AUGGAGUCGGCGGGGCAAGGGCCGAAGCCCGGCUCCGUCAGCAGCCUCGUGCUCUGGGUUGCUUUGCAGUGGGACAGUUCCAUGGUGAGCCUCUUCAUCCUCACGUCGCAGAUGGCCAUGAUGUGCUUCUCCGAAAUGUAUGGCUGGGCGGCCUUCCUCACGGGCUGCCAGCACGUCGUGAAGCUCAUCCGUCACCUCGCCGCCGAGGUUCCUGGGCGCAUGAGAGACCCUGGGGGAUGGCCAGAGGAAAGCAUUCCAACUUGGGUUGAGGCUGCCACAGAGAGGGCCAUCGAGGUCAUGCUGUCAUCGCUGUGGAGCCUCUCCUCAUCUCUUUGCAUCCAUUUGCCAAAUCCCUAUUCUGCUGCCGAUCGCAGUGCCUGCAGUGCUGCGUGGUCGUGCUGGACAAUGCAUCAGCGGAUGGCGCAGAUGACUGCGGCUUUGACCACCUGGUCUUGGAUCGUGCAACUGCAGCUGGAGAUGGCUUUGCUUUGGACCUUGUCUCCGCCACCUGAGCCCCGGCCGUCGCUGCCAGAUCUUCUCGUCGGCAUGCAGCCAGGCGGGCUAGAUGGCCACGAAGACAUUCAAGGCGCAGCUUUUAGUUGCCUGCUGCGACUGGCUUUCCCAAAGACCAUGUUGUCCAAGAUAUACAUGGUGGAGGUGGGCGUCCACCAGGCCGCCCUUGCGGCCCGUCUCCUGCGAGAGCACCCACAGCUGCAGUAUUUGGGAAUUGAUCCUUAUCGUGGGUACUAUGAGGGCAGGAAGUCAGAGGAGGGCCCAAAACGCUACGGCGCUCCAGAACACUACCGCAGUUCCCUGCGAAGGCUGCGGCAAUUUGGGCAGAGGGCGCACCUUUGCCGCAGCACCUCAAUGCAAGCCAGCAAAGGCCCUUUGCACAGCUGUCGCUCCCGUUGGGCUGCCGCAAACUUGGAUGCCGUGUUCAUCGACGGGGAGCACGACUUCGCGUCCGUCGAUCAAGACCUUCGGCUUUGGGCCCCUCGCGUUCGCCCAGGGGGCCUGGUAGCUGGACAUGACUACCGCCGCGUGGCAUGCAUUCAGAUUUCCUCCAGGUCUGUGCGCUUGCCAUGU